CACGGUCCGAUGUUGAUCGGUUACUCUUUCAACAUUGUACUCUACGGAAUCAUGAUCACGCAGGUUUAUUUAUAUUUCAGCUCGUUCAAAAAGGAUCGCGUGUGGAUGAAGAUGCUUGUCGCCGGGCUCCUCCUUGCUGAUACGGUCAACGCCAUCUUCGAUGCUGUCUAUCUUUACGAUUCUUUGAUCAUACACUUCGGUAUACUCAACGGAAAUUCUGGACGUGCUUUAUACACUGCUUACCAUGUCGAUAUCGUAGACAACGCUCUCAUUGCAGGCACUGUGCAACUAUUCUUCGCGUGGAGGGUCAAAGUCCUCACCACCAAUUGGUGGAUGGUACUUAUCGUCGUGAUUGCCUCUUUAACGGGGCUGAUUGGAGGACUAAUCACUACCUACGAGGUCGGUGUGACCCCGCAUUUUGUCAACUUUCGUCACUUUAAGUGGUCCGUUAUUAUGUGGUUGGCCGGUGAAUGCUUUGCGGAUUUGGUAAUUACAUCGGUUCUUGUUUGGCAUCUGCGAAAGCACAAAACCGGAUUCCAAGCUUCAGACGAGCUCGUCGAUCGUAUCAUUAGACUCACCGUUCAAACUGGACUGCUCACUUCUCUUUGUGCUAUCCUCGACCUCAUAUUUUUCUUGUGUGACGUAAGUUUUACCGCCUUCAGGCACCUUAUUUUCAACUUCCCACUAGCAAAACUCUACACCAACUCUGUCAUGAGCAGCCUGAAUUCUCGUGGAGCUUGGAACUAUAGCACCAUUGCUGGCAGUGGCAAGCUUGGAGAUUCAACUCCAAAUGUUAUCACCACUGGAGAUAUCGGUGCAGAUAUAUCUAGACGGGUGAGUAAUAUGGCCCCUCCUGUAUCUCCCUCUCGCAUCUACGUCCACGUCGAGUCGCACGAAUUGAGAGACAUUGACAUUGAGGCAAACCAUCCGUAUGAUCGUGCAUCACAAGCAUUCAAGCAGCCAAUGUUUGUCAACACUAAAAUCCGGGCAACUGACAAGCAGAACUAUAAGGAGAAUGAUGUGAAUUCGUCUGCUUCUACUGAUACGGUACUUGAACUAGUGAAGCAGGAUGCUCACGUAGGACAUAAUGUAUAG